CACUUUAGACUAUAGAAACGUAAUCGGCCAACACACCUAUGGGAUCGAGGGAGAAUCAAGCUCUGCAUGCGUGAGAGAGAGAGAGAGAGAGAGAGAGAGAGAGAGAAUGGGAAAAGGGCCUUUUUCGUGGCUUCGGAAGGUACGACGGCGCCGGCCGAAGAAGACGACGGAGAUGCAAUUGCAUCUAGUCGACGCUAAUACCAACAACAAUAGCCCCUCCGUCGACGCUCAUAACACCACGACCACCACCACCAACAACAGCUCCUCCGUCGCUGUUGUACCUGCAAAGGGCAAGAAGAAGACUGGUGGAUCACGGCUCUGGAUGCGUUUCGAUCGAUGUGGUCAGACUGAAUUGCUUGAAUGCGACAAAAGUGCCAUCAUCAAGCGUGCAUCCAUUCCUGCGAGGGAUUUGAGGAUCCUUGGUCCUGUCUUUUCGCACUCCUCCAAUAUACUUGCCAGAGAAAGAGCCAUGGUUGUCAAUUUAGAGUUCAUAAAGGCCAUAGUAACUGCUGAAGAAGUGCUGUUGCUUGAACCUCUGUGUCAAGACGUUAUACCUUUUGUGGAUCAACUAAAGCAACAACUUCGACAUAAAAGCCCAUUUAGAAUUCAAGAGGCCGGCCAAGAAGAAAGCCGUCCUUCACCUGGUGAACAGUGGUUGCAUGUUCCUGAAGCAGCUGAAGGUGUACAACACGAGCUUCCAUUUGAGUUUCAGGUCCUGGAGAUUGCAUUAGAGUUUGUUUGUACAUAUUUAGAUAAUAGUGUUGCAGGCCUUGAGAGAGAUGCUUAUCCUGUCCUGGAUGAACUAGCAAGGAAUGUUAGCACUAAGAAUCUUGAACGUGUCCGAAGUUUGAAAAGCAACCUUACCCGUUUACUUGCAAAUGUACAGAAGGUGAGGGAUGAGAUUGAACAUCUUUUAGAUGACAAUGAAGAUAUGGCUCAGUUGUAUCUAACACGGAAGUGGAUCCAAAGUCAGCAGUAUGAAGCAUUGAUGGCAACGGUGGCUUCAAAUAGCAUCGUCACUAAUGCACCUAACCUUCGUCGGCUUAGUUCUUAUAGGAGUGCAAGUAUGGGUACUAGCAAUUAUUCAGAUGAUCAUGACGUAGAAGAUCUGGAGAUGUUGCUUGAGGCUUAUUUCAUGCAACUAGAUGGAACUCGUAAUAAGAUAUUAUCAGUACGGGAAUACAUUGAUGACACAGAGGACUAUGUCAACAUCCAACUUGACAACCAGAGAAAUGAACUUAUUCAGCUCCAGUUGACAUUAACCAUAGCAUCAUUUGCCAUAGCUGUUGAGACCUUGAUAGCCGGAGCAUUUGGCAUGAACUUGAACUGCCAAUGGUUUAGCAUCAAUGGCAUCUUUGGCCCCUUUGUUGGAGGAAUCUCAGCAAUGUGUUUCAUGCUUUUUCUGCUCAUGCUGGGUUAUGCCAGAUGGAAAAAGCUGCUUGGGACAUAAACGAAGCGAAGUCAAGGUUGUGUCAUAGUUCAUUCUCAGGAUUUUGCAUUGGCAGCAAUGUCUAAAAUUUUCUAGUCACUAAUAAUGUCCUGAUGGUGAAAAAUUUAGGAAAUAAAUUCUGGAAGUUGAUAGAUAUUGCAGGUGUUUUCAAUGCGGUCUACUGAAGUUAUAUGAUAUGUAAUAGCUGUUGGUGAUUAGUUGGUGGCAUUGUCAAUAGGAUGCAUAACAACAACAAAGCUUUCUUCGUUGAUUCAGAUGGGUUAUUAGGUAUAGACACGGUCCUUGAUACAGAGCAAGAGUGUGUGGAGUGUCAAAAAUUACAAAAUUACCGAAGGGAAAAAGUUACUAGCUUUUGGUGUGGUUGAACAUUGAGAUGUACUGAAUUCUUUAUAAUUUAAUAUAAGUGUUGUUAAACUUAAA